UUGCGCGACAAGAAGCUUGAAGAUGCAGAGCAGGACUACAUUUGGCGCUGUGAUGCUGAACUGGCUCAACUGGAUGCCACUUAUCCCCUGAGUAUGAAUUACGACCGGUAUCUGAAAAUGUUUCAGGACCAAAUGCGCUAUCCUACGCCUGGCUCCCACCAUUUUGGCAUUGAUGUUGAAGACGGCAAGUUGAUCGGCAACUGCAUGUACUACGACCUGGACACCAUCAACCUGGAAGCCGAACUCGGGAUUGUUAUUGGGGACCGGGAUUAUUGGAACAAUGCCUACGGUUACGAUGCUGUAGUAACUUUGCUGGACUUCAUGUUCAACGAGCGGAACUUGAAGCGGGUCUAUCUCCAUACCCUGGAGUGGAAUCAUCGUGCCCAGCGCAGCUUUGGCAGGUGCGGCUUUAAUCCGGUGCGUCCAGUCAGGCGGAUGGGCCGCGACUUCAUCCUGAUGGAAGUGUUAAGAGAAGAUUGGUUCGAGAAAGCCGAAGAAAGGCUGGCAGAUCGCUGGCCCCAGGAGUCCGCCAAGCAAGACUAA